AUGGAAGAUUCCUCUGAGCAUGCUGUCGUGGUAAAAUUCCGUUCUACCGGAAAGGACUUUAACUACAACUUUGAUCCGGCACAGUUAACAGUACGACAAUUGAAAGAAAGACUGACCACAAAGACUAGCAUACCUGCUGAUAGCAUGCGUCUAGUGUACUCGGGUAGAGUGUUAAAAGACGAAGACACAGUCGAGUUAUAUGGAGUAAAAGCAGGGCAUACAAUUUACGUUGUAAAAAUAGCGGCCAAUCGUGCAGCAGAACAGGCAGCAAACGCUUCGACGACUACGACGGCCACAAGUACGACUGCGACACCGACGACAUUACCAUCUACCAGAGGAUCUAACAACGUAUCAGGGAAUCCAUUUGGAGCAAAUUUAUUCGGAUUCGGGUCUGGACUUGAUCCAGACGUUAUGAGGAGUGUAAUGAAUUCCCCAAUGCUCAGGCAUUUGUUAUCGAACCCAGAGAUUGUCAGAUCGAUGAUGAUGCAAAAUCCGACUAUGCGACAGAUGAUCGAACGUAAUCCCGAGAUCGGACAUAUAAUUAAUGACCCAUCGUUCAUUCGACAGACGAUGGACAUGGCUAGAAAUCCAGAACUGAUGAGGGAAAUGAUGCGUAACAAUGAUCGCGCAUUAGCCAACUUGGAAACUAUUCCAGGUGGAUUUAAUCAUUUACGACGAAUGUAUCAUACGCUGCAAGAACCCCUGGAUUCUGCAGGAAGAAACAACGAUCAGUUAUCAGAAAUUGCUAACCAGCGACUUGCCCAGCUACUCAACGUGGAAAGCCCACCUGAGGGACAGAUCAAUAGCACUCCUCUGCCCAAUCCGUGGGCCCCGCGUAACAACAACCUGCAAACACAAGUUGGAAACCCAUUUGCAAAUAUAUUUCCCGUCGGUGUCAUACCACUUUCUAAUCAAACGCCUUUCUUAACAUCAAAUUCAUCACGUAACCAGUCACCUCAUUCAUCAAUAAGAUCAUCUACGUCGUCACCGUCUACUUCACAGUCGACUAAUAACACAACAGGACCGGGACAGUCAUCCAAUAACUCUCCAUUUCCAAUACCUGGCAUGCCAAUGCCAGCAGACCCAGAUUUUAUCCGGCGUCUACAACAAACUGCAGAGAGGCUGUUUUCACAUCAGUAUACAACCUCACAACAGUCCCAACGGCCGAAUUCAUAUUCAACAUCGAUGUUUAAUCCCAAUCCAUUGUUAAUGACUAUGCAAUCACCGUUCGGAAACGCGUCACCUCCGGCUCCACAACAGAAUACUGAUCCACCGCAAACACGUUUCCGUGAUCAACUUCGAAGAUUAGAAGAAAUGGGAUUUCAUGAUCAAGCACUUAAUAUCAGAGCUUUAUUUGCUGCUGGAGGUGACGUAACGUCAGCUAUUGAUUGGCUACUGCAGAACCUCAACUGA